UUUACCCCUUGGUUUCAAGUUGCCUACGUGCGGUGUCGGUCCGGUUCCGGUGUUAGCUCAGCUGGGACCCUUUGUGCGACUGGUGUGCGCCGGAAGCGGUGUCGCGUUUUAGUGACGUAGUAGCGAGCCAGCAGCAGGUUGAAGAUGUCCCGGGAGGUGAUCGGUCCGGCUCUGCCGCCAGGAUUCCAGAACCGCGAGGAGCAGGAGAAACCAGAGGAAGUUGCAGGUCCUGUAUUACCCCCUGGAUACACAAAGACCUCCAGCUCAGAUUCAUCAGAUGACAGUGAACAGGACACGGGACCCAACCCAUGGCAUCACAAAAGGGACCAGAGUACCCAUGUUGGCAAAGAAGACAGGAAACAAACACAGUCUUCAGCGGAAGAGGAGGAUGAUGGUUUUUUUGGCCCAGCUCUUCCACCAGGAUUUAAAAAAACAUCUGAUUCCCCAGAGAGGCCCAUAAUAGGUCCUGCAUUACCUCCAGGUUUUAGCAGAAAUUUGGAUGAUGACACCACUGAUGACAGUGGAUCUUCCAAUCAUUCCGGCUGUGAGGAACAGGUAGAGAGCAGCGGAGAUGAACAUAUCAUUGGGCCAGUCCCUACUGGAAGGCCUGUUACAUCCAGUGUUGCUGAGGAUAUUGAACGCAGGGCUUGGAAAAUGAAACAAAAACUAACUGGAAAUGAUGAUGAUGGGUCUAAGAAAAUUUCCAGAGAGUCAUGGAUGACAGAACUCCCCCCAGAGAUGACUUCUUUUGGACUUGGUCCUAGGAGUUUCAAGAGGAAAACAAAUGAAAAAUCAGGAGAUAGAACAAUUUGGACAGAUACCCCAGCAGACCGGGAAAGAAAAGCAAAGGAAAAACAAGAAGCCAAAGUGUCCAGCAGUAAAGAGGAAGAGAAAGCACCGCUGUCAGAAAGAGAUAAACGACUGGCAGGUCAAGUAUCAACUUAUAAUGACUCCAAGCGAUCUCACUCACUGCUAGACCUUCAUCGAAAAAAGUUGAAGAGGAAAGCAGAGGACGAUAAAAAUAAGCCACAGGAGAGAAGAGCAUUUGACAGAGACCAAGACCUUCAAGUCAACCGUUUCGAUGAUGCCCAGAAGAAAGCUUUGUUGCGGAAAUCCAAAGAAUUGAAUACUAAAUUCUCACAUGGGAACAGCAGCAUGUUCCUUUAAGGGAUGAAAGAGGCUUACAUAAUGCACAUACAAACUAUAUAUCCCUUAUCUGCUGAACAGUUUUCCAAAAUACUUCCUUUUUAAGACAUGCAAUAGGCAAUCAUUCACAAAAUUUGUUUUAAAAAGAAAGUAAAGUAAACUCAAAUGUGUUUUACAGUUUUUUUUGUUUGUUUUUAUGAGGAAGUAGAUCUUCAAAAACUGGUUCAAUAAGCUUUAAUUUUUUUAUGAUGGUCAAGAACUCAACCAUGGACUUUUCUGGUUUGGGGCAUCCUAUCAGCUGGAGAUUGACAUUACAUUUAAAUAAACACAUGUUUUAAACGAGUCAUUGGAUGCAGGUGUAUAUUUAGUAAAUUUUUAUAUCUGCUGUUCUUAAUAGUCAUCAAAUAUAUGUCCAGUAUAACCACUGGUGAGCAUGUUGCUUUAGAUUUAUUGCACAGACGUUUCAGAGUGAAUCCAAAUAUUGGGGAUAUUGGAACUCCAUUGUUGCAGCUAUUUAUGUGUUCUUUAUUAGUUUUUUUAUUUUUUUUAUUUUUUUAUUUAAUGCAGAGUUCAGAUCAUCGCUAAGCACAAAAAAAACAAAGCACAAUGUUAUGCAUGUAUAAUCAUUUUGUAUUGUGGUCGUAACUCUAGUAAUUGAUGUGCAUUGGGGUAAGUCUGCGUAAUUUCCAUGGCCGUGGCACCUUGUUUUUUUUUUUUUUUGUAUUGUGUUCUGUUUUGUGUAUUGCUAAUUGUCCUAUCAUUGCACAUGCCAUCCACAUAGUAGCUGCCAGUGAGUAUGUGUAAAUAAAUCUAUGUAAAGGAGAUCAGGUAAAUAUGAGUUUCUGAAAGUUUGGGCUUUUUUUAACAAAUGUGAUAAUGAAAUAAAUAUGUGAGAAGCAA